AUGGCUCCCGGGGAGAAGAUCAAGGCGAAAAUCAAGAAGAACCUGCCGGUGACGGGCCCGCAGGCGCCCACCAUUAAGGAGCUGAUGCACUGGUAUUGCAUGAACACCAACACGCAUGGCUGCCGCCGCAUCGUGGUGUCUCGAGGCCGCCUACGCCGCCUGCUCUGGAUCAUCUUCACGCUCACGGCUGUGGCGCUCAUUUUCUGGCAGUGCGCCCUGCUUGUCUUCUCCUUCUACACUGUCUCCGUGUCUAUCAAAGUCCACUUCCAGAAGCUUGACUUCCCCGCCGUCACCAUCUGCAACAUCAACCCCUACAAGUACAGCGCUGUACGGGACCUGCUGGCCGACCUGGAGCAGGAGACUAGAAGCGCCCUGAAGACCCUCUACGGCUUCUCAGAGAUCAAGUCUCGCAGGCGCCGUGAUGCAGAACCCUGGGGUCAGGCCUGGGAGGGCCUGCAGCCCAAAUUCAUCAACCUGGCCCCGCUGCUCAUUUUCGACCAGGAUGAGAGGCACACGGCCAGGGACUUCCUCACCGGCCACAAGCGGAGAGUAGGAGGCCGCAUGAUUCACAAGGCGGCCGAUGUGGUGCAGGUCCACGAGUCAAAGAAGGUGGUGGGCUUCCAGCUGUGCUCCAAUGACACGGCCAACUGUGCUGUCUACACCUUCAGCUCAGGGGUCAAUGCCAUCCAGGAGUGGUACAAGCUGCACUAUAUGAACAUCAUGGCGCAGGUACCUCUGGAGAAGAAAAUCAACAUGAGCUACUCGGCUGAGGAACUGAUGAUCACCUGCUUCUUUGAUGGGGUAUCCUGUGACCCCAGGAACUUCACUCUUUUCCACCAUCCGAUGUAUGGAAAUUGCUACACGUUCAACAGCAAAGAGAAUGAGACGAUCCUUAGCACCUCCAUGGGUGGCAGUGAAUAUGGACUGCAGGUCAUCUUGUACAUAGAUGAGGAGGAGUAUAAUCCAUUCCUGGUGUCCUCCACGGGGGCGAAGGUGAUUGUCCACCGGCAGGAUGAGUACCCCUUCAUCGAGGAUGUGGGAACAGAGAUAGAGACGGCUAUGGCCACCUCCAUUGGAAUGCACCUGACCGAGUCCUUCAAGCUGAGUGAGCCCUACAGCCAGUGCACUGUGGACGGAAGCGAUGUGCCCAUCAAGAACAUCUACAACGCUGCCUACUCCCUGCAGAUCUGUUUGCACUCCUGCUUCCAAACCAAGAUGGUGGAGAAAUGUGGGUGUGCCCAGUACAGCCAGCCUCUGCCCCCAGCAGCCAACUACUGCAACUACCAGCAGCACCCCAACUGGAUGUACUGCUACUACCAGCUUCACCAGGCCUUCGUCCGGGAGGAGCUGGGCUGCCAAUCUGUAUGCCAGGAAGCUUGCAGCUUUAAGGAGUGGACGCUGACUACCAGCCUGGCCCAGUGGCCCUCUGGGGUUUCAGAGAAAUGGCUGCUGUCUGUUCUCACUUGGGACCAAGGACGACAAAUCAAGAAAAAGCUCAACAAGACUGACUUGGCCAAACUCUUAAUAUUCUACAAAGACCUGAACCAGCGCUCCAUCAUAGAGAGCCCUGCCAACAGUAUUGAGAUGCUUUUGUCCAACUUUGGUGGCCAGCUGGGCCUGUGGAUGAGCUGUUCUGUCGUGUGUGUCAUCGAGAUCAUCGAGGUCUUCUUCAUCGACUCCUUCUCCAUCAUUGCUCGCCGCCAAUGGCAGAAAAUGAAAGAGUGGUGGGCCCGGAAACGAGCCCCCCAUUGCCCCGAGGCACCCAGUGCCCCUGGGGGUCAAGACAACCCAGCCCUGGAUAUUGACGAUGACUUGCCCACCUUUACCUCUGCUCUACGUUUGCCUCCAGCACCCGGGACCCAGGUGCCUGGCACCCCACCCCCCAGAUACAAUACCUUGCGCUUGGAGAAGGCCUUCUCCAGUCCACUCCCCGACACCCAGGUGUUAGGGGAGUCCUGA